GCUUGAUGAUGAAUCUCUUACGCUGCAGCCGGGGUUUCUCUAAGGCCUGGACGUCCUCUCAAUCUCGUACGGCCUUGAGUGUUCUUCGAUCGUCAUGGCCUACGAUAGGUCCUACAACCCGGAGUUUCCAUGCUGCUUUGGCUCUUGGUGGAAUACGGUCUCAGGUCCUGAAAGAUGUUGGGGAAGGGAUAACGGAGGUCCAGAUCAUCCAGUGGUAUGUUGAGGAAGGAGCAAGGGUUGAAGAGUGGAAGCCGCUUUGUCAGUAUCAAUCUGAUAAAGCGGUUGACGAUAUCACUUCGAGGUAUGAGGGAAUUGUGAAAAAGCUACAUUUUCAGGCAGAUGAUACCGUCCCCACAGGAAGGGCUCUUUGUGACAUCGAAGUAGACGAUGCACAAUACCCUGAAGACCAUCCUCCCACGGAGUCGAACGCAGAGACCUCUCCACCAGCGCGGACAACGAUUGAUUCGCAACCUGUACCUCGUCCGACUACCCCGUUACCAGCUUCCCCAGCCGCAGAAAUCCCAAGCAAUGGUGCGAAAGGACGAUAUGCUACGCUUGCUACUCCGGCUGUCCGCGGGCUGCUUAAACAAUUGAAUGUGAACAUCGAGGAUGUGAAGGGAACAGGCAAGGACGGGCGAGUGCUCAAGGAGGAUAUCCACCGGUUUGUCGCGAUGCGGGACGCACCGAGCGCAACUCCAUCACUGUCACAGGACGCCGACACAGCGGUUAACCUGACACACAUCCAAACCCAGAUGUUCAAGACAAUGACACGGUCACUUACGAUUCCGCAUUUCGGGUACGCCGACGAGCUCAAUAUCAACAACAUCACAGCCCUGCGGAAGAAAAUUGCCAAUGACAAAAGCGAUCCGAGGAAGAUCACAUUCCUCUCAUUUGUAGUCAAAGCGGUGUCCCUUGCUCUAAACGACUACCCCAUUCUCAACGCAAAGCUCGACACCAGCAAUGCUGACAAGCCGCAACUCAUCAUGCGCCCAAGACACAAUAUUGGGAUUGCAAUGGAUACACCGCAGGGCCUGAUAGUCCCCAACAUUAAGGAUGUCGGCAGUCGUUCCAUCCUAGAUGUUGCCCAAGAGAUCUCGCGUCUUAGCGCGCUCGGGAAGGAAGGCAAACUCACCCCUGCCGACCUCAGCGGCGGUACGAUCACGGUCUCGAAUAUUGGAAACAUUGGAGGCACCUACGUUAGUCCAGUGCUUGUCCCCAACGAGCUGGCCAUUCUUGGAAUCGGGAGGGCAAGAACGAUUCCUGUUUUUGAUGAUGCUGGGCAGGUAACAAAAGGCGAGGUUGUGAACUUUAGUUGGAGUGCAGAUCAUCGAGUUGUGGACGGUGCAACAAUGGCAAGGAUGGCGAGCAAGGUCAAGGAGCUUAUUGAGUCGCCGGAGCGUAUGCUCUUGAGUCUGCGAUAGCCUGUUUCUGAUCAAGACCGCAGUAAUUAGAGCUAAUAGACUUUAAUGAACGAGUGUUGAGAAUAUUGCUUG